AUGGUACCGGAUCCAUUCUUCAUUGAGUAUCUUGCAAUUCUCGGAAUGAAUGAUCCCGGAUUUGCUGGAAUGAGUGCCCUUGACGCCGCUAUUCUCAAAAAAUCCUUCGAUGAAGUGAAAUCACUGCUUCCCUCUUAUCAAAUGAGCCAAAAUUGCAAUUUCCUCGGCCAAACCCCGUUGCACCUCGCCGCAUCUGAUUUGAGAAUAUCAAGCAUGCUCGUGGAUGCUGGGCAUGACAUAAACGCUACCGAUAGGCGUGGAAUCACACCUCUUAUGUACUCAGCAGCAAUGGACAGCCGUGAUGUGGUAGAGCUGCUCAUAUCGAAUGGUGCCGACCUAAUCAUUCACGAUUGUCAUCUUAAUAGGGACUUCUUUGCAUAUGCAGCGGCACGUGGCAAUUGGAAUCUCAUAUUUGAGUCUUUGGAAAACAUUCGAACAUUCUAUGGCCACAAUACUGCUCAGCAUUUUGUUAUCACAGCGAUGAUGUGUCUAUUGCCCAACUAUCCGUUCAUGGACGACUUGAGAACAUCAUACUUUGAGGACCUUGUUGGACUCUGCGAGGACGUAAAUUUCACUUUCAAAGAUGGUAUAACAGGAGCAGAGAAUAACAACCUACUUCACUAUGUUCAAAAUUGGCAGGAGGCACAGGCACUUGUUCGACAUGGGUUCCAGGGCUUUAACGAACCAAAUAGUGAAGGUGAGCUUGCGAUAUUCUCUAUUGCAUGCAACCCUCAAGCAGAAUUGAUCCAAUUUUGCCUUGAAAAUGGAACCCAGGCAAGUCACAUUGACAACCAGGGUCGUACUAUUUUGAUGAAACUUCUUGUUCAAUUAAAGGAAAUCCGUUCCUCGGUUUGGGACAUUAUCGAUUCGGUCAAGCUAAUCCUUGCUGGGGACACUGACAUUUUCAUUCCCGACAAUUGCAGAUGUGCUUGUUCUCAAGACGGCUGUAGUACAUUCUCUGUGUUCAAUUUAGCGUUUGAUAUGAAGUUGUUUUCGAAUGCACCUAAGCUAAUAUGGGCCUUUGAGUGGCUUUCUCUAGUGGAAGAAUUUCGUGGCUAUCAGACCUCCAAAUUGGUACUCCUAUCUUUUCUUCGGAGGACACAAUUUGACCUCUUGGAUAUCACACAUGUCUGCUGUCACCGAGGUCGGGGGAUGACAUCGAAGUCCCCCUUGGAGUUUAUGAGACCUAAAAGUCUUCAAGAUGAAGAUAUUGAGGAAAUAUUGGACGAAGAGUGUGAGCUCAUUGAAGAGUUAGAGAAAAUUCAGCGUCUAUGGGUUUCAAGUAGCUUGGAAGCUCUCAGGUCUCAUUGGAUGAUUCUUCUAAAGAGACAGUUCGAUGAGCGCUCAGUUGAUGCUGCGAGACAAAUGGAAGAAAAGAAAAGAAAUCCACCAUCUAUGCGGCCAUCUGGGCGUCAAGUGGACUACAAAAAUGACGCUUACUACUUCCAUGUCUCCUGUGACCGUCCUAUUCAAGUACCGUCCGACAUUCUUUCGAGUUCAAUGGCAGAAUACGCUUUCUGGUUGCAACACAACUUGACCCGAAGCAGAAACAAUAUUUCGAGCAUGUAUUUCAAAGAGGGUUGGUACGAGAGACGACUGUCUUGGUUUAUUGAUUUGAUGAACGUUAUGCAAAUACCGAAAGAUGCUAUCAUCAAGAAAAUGCAGCGGAUAGACAUCACGGAGAGCAGAGCGGAAAUGGUGGACCAGAUAUCAAUUGUUGAAAACUUCUCAAUGUCGCUAAAUUCUUUGAAGACCAAUAGUGUAGGUGAAUAA